AUGUCCUCCAAUCCAUCCGCAAUGCCCAGUUCCCUCCAGCCCCGCGCCAGAGGCGACGGCCCCCAGAAGCGAGUCGACGAGCUCGCCCGCAAAUACCGCCGAGUCAGCAGGCCCAGCUCCAUCAUGCUCGAGGUCUUCAAUAAUCCAGAUAGCUACUCCAUCCUAGUUGCUUCUCUCCGUCGCCACCUCGCGCUUGUCAAGUGCCGCUCGUCAGAGUUCGAGGACUGCCAGAUCACAAUCUACGACAGGGCUUUGCUCAUCCUCUCGGACUACGGCGAGAGCCCGACGGACCCUGGCGUGCUAGAGCUCUACUUGACUGAGUUUCUGGGGAUUGUUCCGAUUGCGCCUGUCGCGGAUGGCAAGAAGGCUGUCUCGAAUCAUGUUAGGCUGCAGAGUAUUUUGGACAGAGCUCAACCGACCCACGAGGACGAGAACGAAAACGCCAUAGCCCCAGCCCUAAGCAGCGAACAUGGGCGUGAUCAGGAAGAAUCGCCCCCCUUUGAUAUUCAAGUGGAGUACGGACGCCACUUCCCCGAACCCUAUCUCUAUGCGGAGGAGGAGGAGAAAGAGACAAUUCCCAUCAUGGAGGCGAAACAAAUAAGCAGGCCUGAUGUCCGGGCUGCGCGGCUCCUCGAUGUCUACAACCAAGCCAAAGAGGACUACCUCACUACGAAAGCGAGGGACGGCGUGGAUAGCCUCCCCGCAAUCCGUUUCCUCCGCGACUCAGCCGAGAAUACCCUCCGGUAUUUUCAUGACAACGGACUGUCCCAUGAUAGUGUGGUCCCGGAUCUGGAGCGCACCUUUGCCGUCGCCAGAGACAAGACGGCUCAGAUCCUCGGUGGUCGUAAGCGGCACUUUGACGAAGAUGCAGGAGGCCAGGGCAAGAAAGGCAAGACCUCUCAUUUCCUUGGUGCGCCAACAGGAGAGCUCGCCCCAUUAUCGACUCUUACCGCCCCCAAGGCCACUACUAAGGACUUGACAACGCGGUUACGGCGAGUGAAUCGUUGGGAGCCAGGAUAUCAUGUACUCUACCUGCAUAGUCCCGAUCCCCUGAAAAUGGCCUCCUUUAGGCCGCCCUUGGCGGGGCCGGCUUCCAACGAGAGCAGCGGUUCCUCAGCAUCCAAUGUUCAGUAUACCCCGGUCUCUGAUGGUUCCGUUGAGGGCCAGUCGAGUCGUAAUCCCGGUGGGCCCUUGAAGAUUCAGACUGACUUCGGCGACGGACAAGAUCAGUUCUCUGAAGACGAUGGGGACUCGUUCAACUAUAAUGAUGAGGCGCUGCCGAAGUUCAGUCGGCCCAGGGUGCCGAAGUAUACUCCUGUCGAAGAACAGCAGGUUGUGAGGAGGUUCGAUCGCAGACUGGUCCCAUUCCUUGCGCUUCUUUACCUGCUUUCUUUUCUAGACCGUUCAAAUAUCGGAAACGCGAAAAUUGCUGGCCUCGUAGAGGACUUGAAACUGUCGUCUUCCCAGUAUGAAUGGCUCUUGACAGCCUUUUAUAUCACAUACAUUCUGUUCGAGUGGAUGACUCUGCUUUACCGCGUGUUUCCGGCACAUGUAUACAUCUCGCUCUGCGUGUGCGGAUGGGGUCUCGUGGCCUCGUUUCAAUCACUCGCGGCAUCGUUCGGGGCCAUGGUCUUUCUGCGCGCAGCACUAGGCAUCACAGAAGCAGCAUUCGGACCAGGCGUCCCAUUCUACCUAUCCUUAUUCUACAAACGCGAGGAACUCGCAUUUCGAACAGGACUCUUCAUUUCCGCCGCCCCGUUGGCCUCGUCAUUCGCUAGUAGUCUGGCAUGGUUGAUUGUGAAGACCAGCAGCGAUGGACCCAUUGCUCCAUGGCGAGCCCUGUUCCUUGUGGAGGGUUUUCCCAGUGUCAUUGUCGCUGUUUUUGCGUGGUUCCUGAUCCCUGACUCGCCUGGGACUGCGUCGUUCCUUGAGCCUCGCCAGCGGAUGGUUGCCCAAGCGCGGAUGGGGAACGGGGGUAGAUCCGAUUACCCUGGGGACCGGAGGAGAUUCAAUUGGAGCGAGGUUGGGAAGACCCUCGCUGAUCCCAAGGCCUAUAUCACAGCUUUCAUGUUCUUCAGCUGCAACGUCGCAUUCAGCUCCAUGCCCGUUUUCCUCCCAACAAUCAUCCAAGACAUGGGCUACUCGUCUCUAAACUCCCAAGCCCUCAGCGCCCCACCCUACCUCGUCGCCUUCAUCACCGUCCUAGUAACAGCCUACCUCUCCGACCGCUCCCGCUCCCGCAGCCCCUACCUAAUAGCCCACGCCCUAACCUCCGCAACCGCCUACCUCACCAUCGCACUAACCGGGCAGUUCCACGUCUCGCUCUCCCCAGCAACACACAAGCUGCUGCGCUACGCAGCCGUGUACCCCGCAACAGCAGGCUUCUUCUCGGCCAUCACGCUCAUUAUCACGUGGAGCAUGGACAACCGCGUCGCGAACGAGGGCAAGGGCGCCAGCGUCGCGAUCUUGAAUGUCAUCGGGCAGUGUGGGCCAUUGCUUGGGACGAGGCUGUACCCUGCGGAAGACGGGCCUUGGUAUGUGCGUGGUAUGGCUGUCUGUGCGGGGUUUAUGGCCCUUGUGGCUGUUUUGGCGGGCGUGUUGAGGGUUACCCUGCAGCGGGCUAAUAGGGAAGGUGUUGGUAUGGGCGGUGGGAGAGAUGAUGGGACGGAUCGAGAGCGUGAGGUGCUGAUUUUGGGGCCGGGGGCUGCUUCGGCUGUCGUGGGGAGGGAGAAGGGAUUUACGUAUAUUGUAUAA